GCUUAUGAAAGGGGAUAUAUACAGUAAACCACCGGCGCUUUCUGUUCCUUUCUUCCGUAGAAGCUCGGAAGCCAAGCUGUGCCUCCCCCAAAGCCCUCCUCCAGUCCUCCACGGCUUCACCACCGAGAAGCAGGAUCCUCAUGGGCUGCGCAGGAUCCACCCCCAAGGGCGCUGCGGCCGCCGGAGGCGAAGCUACGAAGAAAGUCAGGAAGCCUAAGCCCUGGAAGCACCCCCAGCCGAUCACAAUUGCCCAGCUCAGGCAGAUGCGUGAUGAGUUUUGGGACACAGCUCCUCACUAUGGUGGUCGGAAAGAAAUUUGGGAUGCCCUUCGUGCUGCGUCAGAGGCUGAUGUAGCCCUUGCACAGGCAAUUGUGGAAAGUGCAGGCGUAAUUGUUUCAAAUGCUGACCUGACUCUAUGCUAUGAUGAAAGAGGUGCUAAAUAUGAACUGCCCAAGUAUGUUUUGAGUGCGCCAACCAACCUGGUCCAGGACAGUUGAAGGGCAGCUGCACUAUGAUCUAUUCAUGUAAAAAACUGUAAAUCGCUUCAGAUGCUAAAAACAACGCCUUGCUCGAGUGUCCUGGUAACAGGAGCAUGGUUGAUUAAUGAUUUCAAGCAUGCUUCUGGUAACUGUCAGCUUACAGUUUCCCCCCUAUCGUUAGCAUACAAUGUUCUCUUCUAUCUCAACUGUCUUCCGACGAUUUAGAUAAAGUUGUUCAUAGCAUCCCCUAAAUUGGUGCUACUGUAAACACGAGUCUUAGAAAUCUUCGUUAUGGGUUAGAAACUUCAGAAUGGUGCGUUGAUGUUUUGUUACAAUGAUAUAAGUUAAAGUAUGGCAAUACUUUUCAGAAAGGGAAAAAGAGAAUGUAACAUCUGUUAGUUACAAUGAUAUAUUUUAAGUUGCCUAUAA